UAAUGUGUUCGAUUCAUUUUGCUUGUCAAAUACAUAAAAAUGUCGGAUAAACAAUUGACAAAUACGUGAUCAAUCUCUUAUUAAAUUAAAAAUAUAAUAAACAUUGCGCUAGUUCAAUAACUAACAUUCUUACAGUAAUAGCAAAAGGAAAAGGCAAAAUGUUCGUAAUUUAUUGAUUUUUAGCAAUUGCUGUGACUGAAAAAUUGAACAGAUCCUAAAUCUAUAACUUUUCUGCAAAUAUGAUGCCUCGAAGUAUCACCGCUUACAUCAACCUGAGCAUAAUAGUAAGCCUUGCACUUUAUUCAUCAGCAUCUUUUAGUGGAAUGGUUACUUCAAACGAAAACGAAGAGGACUUCCUAACACAAAGAGAAAAUAUAUUGGAGAAUUCCUAUCAUGGAUUGAUUCGAGAAAAUGAAACAUAUGUGGAAAUAACACCUUUAAUUAAGGUCAACGAAGAAAAAAUCUGCAAUUUUCGCAUUCUUAAGAAGCCAUAUCACGAAAUUCCUUUUCAAAUUGAGUUGGUCAACAAUUUGGGUAUUCUAAAGGCACGACGAACCUUGAAUUGUGAGAAACGUAAAAGUUACCAUUUUGAAAUUGUUGCGAUUUGCGAUGGAAUGCCAUCAAAUUCAGCCAAUGUGCAUAUCACUGUUAUUGAUAUUAAUGAAUAUGCGCCAACUUUUCUUCAACAAUCAUAUGUAACGGAAGUCGACGAAGGACGAUUGUACAAUGAAAUAAUUCGCGUCGAAGCUACGGACAAGGACUGCACGCCUUUUGGCGAUGUCUGCAAAUAUGAGAUAUUAAACAGUGAUGAACCCUUCACCAUAGAUAACGAGGGUUCCAUUAAAAACACUGAACCGCUUUCGCAUAAAAUAUCCCACAAUCAUAUUUUAUCCGUGGUAGCCUUUGAUUGUGCCAUGAAAGAAUCAAUACCAAUAAUGGUCAGCAUCAAAGUACGACGCGUUUGCGACGCUAAAUUCCUUGGUAUUCCGGAACGCAUUGAUUACACAUCUGGUAGCACUGAAAAUUUGCAAUUAUUUCCUAAUGCUCGAUUGGAUCUCUGCAAUAUAUUAUGUACUACUGAGGACCUUACUAUUAAUGCAACAAUUGCUCUAAAGACAAAACACAUAUCGUUUGGAUGUGAUCGAGAUAUAUCCAAUUGUUCAAGUAAAUCCAACUUAAAGGAUCUUUUACCACAAGAUGCUAUCUGGACUAAAGAAUUGAGCUAUGAUGAAGGCCGUGAACCGAUAUUUCAUUUCUCUGGAUCAACAGGUGCUGUUGUGCCCAAUAAUUUGAUUGGACAUCAUGACUUCUCCCUACUUCCAUUCAGCAUCAUUACAAUUUUCCGACAUAGCAGUCAAAGCUCGAACAAUAAACACGUAAAGGAGCACAUAGUAUGCAGUGCUGAUGACCAUAAAAUGAAUCGUCACCAUAUGGCACUAUUUGUGCGUAAUUGCCGUCUCAUUUUGCUGCUUCGUAAAAAUUUCAACGAUGGAGAUUUGAACAUUUUCAGCCCUGCUGAAUGGCGGUGGAAAAUACCGCAAGUGUGCGAUAAUGAAUGGCAUCAUUAUGUUAUCAACAUUAAUUAUUCAUCCAAAGUUGAACUAUUUAUUGAUGGCAUACGCUUUGAAAGUUCUGUAGAGGAGCAACGCCAUACAAAUCCAGAGGUGAUCGAUGAUUGGCCGCUACAUGCUGCACAUGGAGUGAACACUACGCUCUCUGUAGGUGCUUGUUAUCAAAGUUCUGAAAAUCGUUUAAAACAUGGUUUUAAUGGAGACAUCUCGGAAGUGAAGAUCUCUCUAAACAGUGUACUUUCAGCCGAAGAAAUUAAAUGUGGCACAAGCUGUGCUGAGCAUUUGCUGCCAUCAACUGAACUGCAAUUGGACCAGUCAUUUGACUCAUCUGAUAGUCAAGUUCAGGUUAAUGCACAAAUGAAUGAAAUUUAUAUUCAAACACAGAGCAAGCAAAACAUUGAGAAGUUGAUGCGUAGUCUUCAAUAUAUUAGUAAAAAGAAUCCCACAAUUGGUCGACGUAAUAUUGAAGUUCGAACAAAAAUGCAGUGUGCCAAUCAUAGUAUAAUUCGCCUCGCAACAGUUGAGACUUACAUUAUGGUUAACGAACCCAUUAUUGCUCCUGAAUCAGUUUAUACAGAAAAUUUCUCUACUAAUUUAAGUGAAAAAUCUCCUCCAAAACUAAUGUGCUAUUUACGAUCUUUUUGUAUCUUAGGCGCCCAAAAUAAACUAGUCUCGUAUCAGGAAAUCAAAACAGGCGUACGAAUUUUGGAUGGUAUUCACAUUGGCUUCUCAAUAGAUGGCAAAUAUAAUAAAAAUGUAAGCCGGAAAGAGACUUUGGAUUCAUGCAGCGUAAUUGUAUUUCCGUCACUGAAUCCGGAUCAUGAAGAGAUUCAAAUUGAUGGCGAUGAAUCUUUGUCAUCCACCAUGGAUAUUCGAACAAACAUCAAUAAAGAUGGAGUCGAAAUGAUUGGAUCUGAUUUAAUUAUAAAUUAUUUAAGCGUACUGCGGGCUUUGGUUUAUAGCAAUAAAAAGCCAGCUUAUUAUUUAAAUCGUGUUUUUAAGCUAUCUUGCAUACAAUUAAAUUUACAAAAUAAAAACGUCGACUAUACGUUAACCUUGACCGUCCUACAUCCAAAACAAUCACAAUCAAAGACUACAAAUUUACCAUCAUCAUCAUCAUCUUCGCCAAUAACAAAUUUAGAUGGCAACAACAAAUUAUUAGCAUCUCUUCAUAAUAGUCCCCAAGUGGAAGGCCUACAUAUUAAUUAUCUUGCAGAUGGGAAGCUUUUCUCAUAUUCAUUGUUACAUACAAAUAUUGUUCAGGAGCCAAAAUUACAUGUCCAUUCGUUUGUGCCCCGUGCUGAAGCAUCACAUCCAACCAUGCUUAUUAUACUGAUCUGUGUCUUUAUCGUCGUUGUGAUUUGUGGCGUUUCGAUUGCACGCCUAAGAAAUAACCAAAAGUAUGCAGAUCGUCACCAGCCUAUACCAAAGGUUGCUGAUGAAGGUUUGAUCUGGGAUGAUUCUGCAUUGACUAUUACUAUAAAUCCAAUGCAAGCAGAUGUUACAUCUGAAGAUAGCUCGGAUUCUGAGAAUUCGGAUUCGGAUGACGAAGAAGUUAUAAAAGAUGGAUUCGCACACAUUAAUCAACUUGAAUGGGACAACACCAAUAUGUUUUCAUCAGCAAACUAAUGAGUACGUGCGUGUGAGAUGAAAAUGCGAUUAUCAAUAAAAAAGUUACAAAUAAUAAUAUGUAAAUGUGCUUUUAAAAUAUAAAAAAUUACACAAUCUAUUUAUCCUAAAGUAACCCGCUAAUAUACUCCUCUAUAGGGUGCCAGCACAUCAGUGCAUACAUAUGUAACCAAAUCAACAUACUAAUCAUGGCUGCAAAAUAGAAGAAAAGUGUGGAAUAAAUUAUUUGGAGGUAUUAACAUUCCAAAUUAUUAAAAAGUUUUAAUAUUCAAUUAAUUAUAAUUUAUUGAAAUAAUUAAAAUAUAAUUAUUUCUGUAAUUAAAAUAAUUGCAUUUGAUUGUAUUAAAAUUGUAUUAAAUGUAACAUUUGUUGAUUUUUGUGUACCAAUAUUUCCACAACAAAAA